GUAUGUAGAGAGAGAGAGAAGAACCUCUGUGCUGCCAUUUUCAUCGCGCCCGAACAAGCUAUCCAAAGCCUCAACAAUCUGUUUCAACUGCUUGAAAAUCGACCGUUCGAGGAGCGCCGCAGCCGGCCAUUCCGAAUUCCGACUCCUUUCGAAUCCGGUUGGCGGAAUAGAAUUGGAAGCGGUUGUAAGAUUGUUUUGGAUUGAGGAAUUCGCCGGAGAAGUUGAAUCAACUGAUUGAGUGACGGCGGCUGAAAUGGAUGAUAGAGGAGGAGGGGGAGGAGGAUCGUUUGUUGCCGUGCGGCGUAUUUCUCACGGGCUCGAUCGAGGAAGCGCAUGCCAUUCUACUUCUGUAGAGGUUGUGGCAGGGUCUGCUGCAUGGCUAGGCAGAGGCCUUUCGUGUGUUUGUGUUCAAGGAAGAGACUGUGAUGCACGCCCAUCAUUUGAUUUGACACCAGCACAGGAGGAAUGCUUGCAUAGGCUACAGAACCGGAUAGAUGUUAACUAUGAUAGUUCUGUUCCAGAACAUCAGGAAGCUUUGAGGGCUUUGUGGCAUGCUGCCUUUCCUGGAGAGGAACUUCAUGGAUUAAUAUCAGAGCAGUGGAAGGAAAUGGGUUGGCAGGGAAAAGAUCCAUCGACAGAUUUUAGGGGUGGUGGUUUCAUAUCGUUGGAAAAUUUGCUAUACCUUGCAAGAAACUUUCCAAAAUCCUUCCAAGAUCUACUUCGGAAAAAGGAAGGUGAUCGUGCAUUGUGGGAAUAUCCCUUUGCUGUAGCUGGUGUCAACAUUACAUUCAUGCUUAUACAGAUGCUUGACCUUGAAGCAGUGAAGCCCAGAACACUUGUGGGAGCCACGUUCUUGAAGUUCCUCACAGAAAAUGAAUCGGCAUUUGACCUUCUGUACUGUAUAACAUUCAAGCUAAUGGACCACCAAUGGCUCUCCAUGCAUGCCUCUUAUAUGGAUUUCAAUACUGUGAUGAAAGCCACUCGGCGUCAGCUGGAGAGGGAGCUCCUGCAAGAAGAUGUUGCAAGUCUUGAAGAUUUGCCCUCCUUUACCCUUCUCAGUCGCUAAUCAUCCAUAACUCCACGCUAGUAGUGUUUCGUCCCCCUUUUUUUUCCGGUUUUCUGUGAAGGUAAUCGAGGAGAAGAGUUUUAACGCCAAAAAAUAGAACUAUUGAUGACAUUUGAGUAUAACAGUCAAAGAAACUUAUUCUGUCAACUUCUUUUUUAUUUCUUUGUUUUCUUUUUCGCCUGUCCAGAGUCACUCUGGCCUAUAUGAUGUUGUAAUUGUUUGAUAUCGGAUUUGAAAUUGGCAAAGUAUAAAAAAGCGUGGAAAUUUUACUAGUCAAAGCACUUUUGUGGUAUACGCCUAGAGUUGUAAACGAACCGAACGUUCGCGAACAAAAACUCGUUCGUGUCCGACAAAAGCUUGUUCAUUUGUUAAUCGAGCUGAGUUCAAAUAGAAAAUUAGGCUCGUUUAAUAAUCGAACGAACAUGAGCUCGAUCAUGAACGUUC